AUGAUUGUCAAAGAGGAACCAAAACCAGAUCUGAUGAAUCUGUACAUAGAAGAAUUCUGGAAGCAAGCAAGUCGUCUACAUUCUGAAGGAAUUCAAAUUAAAUAAAAAAUUCAGAGAGAAAUUACGUUGCGUUUCACACCAGUUUUUGUUGUCGCCGAUUCUGUUGCACGACCUAUUCUACAAAACAGAUUGCAAUUUAACGACUACUACGGUUGUAGUUACUGUUAUCAUAGGGGUGUACAUAUUAAGGAUAAAGGAAUGAAAUAUCCAUUUUUAGAAAAGGAACCAGAACUAAGAACUCAUUCUUCCCAUGGAGGACUUGGUUCAAGCGAAAGAUCGAGUAUUCUAACUCCCUCGCAACGUAAGGGUAUUGACGAUCUCCUUCUUCUCAUACAACCACCUCGAGAUUUACAUAGAUGCACAGAAAAGAUAUCGAGUAAAAGCAUUUGGAAAGCAACCCAUUGGAAAGCAUGGAUGCUGUACUUUUCUCUUCCAAUAUGCUCCACUUUUAUUGCAAGAGAUCUCUUAGAACAUUUCGCUUUGUUCAUUAACAGUAUGUUUACUUUACUAAAAAUGGAAAUUUCGGAAGAUGAGCUUGAUAAAUGCGAACAAGACUUAUUGACAUUUGUUGCCAAGUACGAAUCAUUGUACGGUGUCGAGCGAACAACUUUUAACAUACAUGUCCUAACACACUUUGUAGAAUCAAUCCGUCAUACCGGUCCUCCAUGGGGAACAUCUGCUUUCCCGUUUGAAAAUAAUAUUCACUUUCUAAAAACCUUUAGUGGCCCCAAAAGCGUCGAACAACAAAUGGUAAAGAAAUUUCUUAAUAUAUUGAAAUACCGGGUUCGGCCACCAGCGGCAAAUAUUUCGAUGGAAGCAAAAAAUGUCUUUACAGGAGGAUUUAGGGUGGACAGCCCGUUACACCUGCGCGAUACUGCGGAUGAGCCAGCGCAUCGCGAGGGUGUGGAACUGCGGAUCAAGGAGGAUCCAAACGAGCUCGGAGUACGAGGAAUCUAUGAAGGUUUCCCGGUGGCGGAGGACUGGGACCGGGAAUGA